AGCCACUUGCUCCAUCUGCCUGGAAUAUUUCAAGGAUCCCGUGGUUAUAAACUGUGGCCACAAUUUUUGCCAAACUUGCCUCACCAGGUGUUGGGAAAAUUUGGGCACAGAGGCUUCCUGUCCUCAGUGUAGACAAAUUGUCCUGGAAAAGAAAUUCAGGCCCAACCGACAACUGGCGGGUGUUGUGGGAGUGGUGCAGAAACUUUUGUUGAGAAGACAGGCACAAGGGGAGAAGGCCGUGUGUGAGAAGCACCAGGAGCCCCUGAAACUCUUUUGCCAGAAUGAUCUCGCCCCCAUUUGUGACGUCUGCCACUCCUCCGAAAUGCACCAAGAUCACAGUGUGCUUCCUAUGGAGGAGGCUUCUCAAAAAUGUAAGGAGAAAAUCCAAGCAUGGGUGAAGGUCGUGAAGGAAGAAAGAGCAAAGGUGGUUGUUCAGGAUUUGGCUGAGCAAAAGAGAAGCCAGACCUCUCUGAAACAAUUAGAAGAGAAGAAAAUCAUAUUGACUUUUGAGCAGAUGCAGACAUUCCUUGAUGAGAAGUCAUCUUAUUGGCUGGCCUGCCUGGAAGAUCUGAAGGGGAAAUUUGAGGAAAAGCAACAGGAAAAUGUCACCAGGCUCUCUACAGCGUUUGCUAGCCUUGAUAAGCUGAUUUCCAAGAUAGAGGAGAAGUGCCAGCAGCCCACAAGUGAAUUCCUGCAGGACAUCAAAAACACACUGGAUAGAUGUGAGCAAAAACCAGGGAUGCAGCUGGCGGAACUUUCUGGGUUGGAGGAGACACUCGAGAUUUGCAGUCAAAGAAAUUCUGCUCUAGAGGAGGCCAUCCAGAAAUAUAAAGAUAGUGCUUACCAGUCAUUAACAAGG